CGUGGCUGCGCAUGUUUUGCUCUGGAAUGCCAAAGACAGGCGCUCCUUGCAACUACUUUAGCUUUCCGUUGCUGGCUUCCUUGACAUUAUCUCUGUAAGGAGAACGGGCAGUGAGCGGAGGAUACUUACUAAGUUGUCCCAGGAGAACGGCGCGAAAGUCAGGAAUGGCUGCAUCGGCGAUAGACAAGCAGCCUACGGGGUUAAUAAGUCUCCUUACAGCUGAUGGAGCGGAACUGCUUGUUGACAAGGAGUUGUUGUGUUCCAGCUCCAAGUUCUUUGCGGGGAUGCUUACAGCCUGCGACACCACUCGGCUUCACGUCGAGGAGACACGGGAGACCAUGGAGCCAGUACUGCUGGUUAUGCGCGGCAGUCCGCCCGCUAGCACAUUCGACACGCGCUCCACCGCCUGCUGGGCUGUCUUCAAAAAGGUGUUGAUUGUAGCUGACAAGUACGACAUGAUACUCGUGAAAGAGCGUUGCGAGAAGUGGCUCGUGUCAAGGUGUCUGCGCGGCCGCAUGCGCUCCCAGGCUUUCAAGUUCCAGGACGUGUCAGAGGGGUUCGACUGGCUCAGCAUCUGCCAGAAGUUUGACCUGAAGGACCUAGGAUGGUACUGCGCGUACGACCUAGGCACGCAGCUGGCACAGGGAACCUGGGCGCGGCCGCUGCAUGAGUGCCUGGAGGGGGUCACGUGCCCCGACAUGCUCAAAACCAUUCUGGAAGCCGUGCAGGCUGCCGUACUGGAGCGAGGGCCGCUAAUACCCGGAGGAGGCGGAGCAGGAGGAGCGGGC